AUGCGUCUCGAAUUGACAAUCCUGGUGGUACUAGCUGUCUACAGUGCCGCUGCUCCAGUGAUGGGCGGUGAAAAGACAAUAAAACCCGACUACAAAGUAAUCAAAUACACAUUUACCCGUGACAACGACACUGACGUCAUGGACCAAGAACCCCCGAAUCUUCAACUGAUUCCUCUCGAUUUUCUGUGUGAAUUCUGUCAAGUGGUCAUAUUGAAAUUGAAGGAGAGACAAGCGACCGAGCAGGAUUUUGAGGAGAAAAUCCGUUCCGAAUGUCUCAACUCGACGGAGAACGACUCCAGCAGCCUCUGUGAUGUCAUCAACCGAGUGAAUCUAGAUCGUCUGAAGAAUGACGAUCCGAAAGAUAUCUGUGACAGUCAGGGAAUGUGUGUGGGCUCUGGAAAUUCUGGAAAUUCAAAAAAAGAGGAGACAGGACCGCCCGGCAUGACUCCGGAUCAGAAGUUGGGCGGUGGUGGGGGUGGAGACGCUCAGAAGACUCCAGAAGUCAAAAAUUCAGAAUCCCACGACGCCAAAGAUUCUGAAAUUGAGAAGCAUUUGACAAUUGACGAGAAGAGUGUGAAUACGACGUUACAUGUGGAGGAUAUUGCUCCGUAUAAUUAA